UGGGUUUUGCUCAAAAUCUGAUUUUGAAAAUGGGUUCUUGUUCUUGCGAUUUAUUGUAUCUGACUUUGUUGAUUUACUUAGUUGCUGCUAGUUUGUGGGUGGUGGUGGAUUUUACUGCUUCCUGGUGCGGCCCUUGCCGUUUUAUUGCCCCAAUUCUUGCUGACAUUGCUAAGAAGAUGCCCCAUGUUAUAUUUCUCAAGGUUGAUGUUGAUGAACUGAAGUCUGUUUUCGAGGAAUGGAAUGUGGAGGCAAUGCCAACUUUUGUCUUCAUUAAAGAAGGAAAAGAAGUGGAUAGGGUUGUUGGUGACAGGAAACAGGAGUUGCAGCAGACCAUAGUGAAGCAUGCUGCUCCUGCUUUAUCAAAGGGAUGAUAUCCCCUAUUUAGUACUCCUAUUGUCUUUUGUAUAACCAAAGUAACUUGUUCCAACUUCACACUGUGGAUGGUUGUAUGUUCUAUUAUCCACCAUGUUUUUAUUGUUGUUGUGAACCUUUGUCUUGUUGCUUGAAAAUCUGAUUUGUGCAUAUGUUGUUACUGGUGUAAGGCUAUAUUGCUCAAUUCUACAGAAAAGACUAUUUUCAGAUUUCUACUUUUGU